AUGAAGAACAGGGUUGAUGUGCAUCGUCGGGAGGUGGAGUUUCAGGUGGGAGAGAAGGUGUUCCUCAAGCUCCGACCUUACCGACAGCAAACGUUGGCUCGCCGUGCAAAUGAGAAGCUGGCUGCUCGCUUCUAUGGGCCGUAUGAGAUCACUGCAAGGAAAGCCGUGGGAGAGGGGCUGAUUCCGGUUUCUAUACCUCCACAUCUCACUGUCGAUGGGGUUUUAGAAGCACAACCGGAGGAGGUGUUAGAUGGGAGGGUUAACCCAAUGUCAGGUCAGCGUGAAGUAUUUAUUAAAUGGGUGGGGUUACCAGAGUCUGACUGCACGUGGGAAGGAGCGGCAGCAAUGGCAAAGCCGUUUCAUCGCUUCCAGAGCUCAAUAGAUUCUUCCAGGAGCCAUACGAAUAACAACACAAGCGACACGAUAACAAAGCAAAACACUAGCGAAAUCGAUGCGAAAGAAGCAGUGGAUUCGUUUACACUUUACACAGAUGAUCGGAUGAUUUUGCGAGCCUAUUGCUAUCAAAUCCAAACGAGAAUCAUAAUGAAAGUUAUAAUACCUGAAGUGGAAUCGAUUCCAGUGACGGAGUAA